UUUAUUUAUAAGUGCAGUAGCAGUCAGAGAGAAGGGCACACUGUUCCCCAUUCCUUGGUCGCGAAAAUGAAUAGUGCGUCGUGUUUUUUAUUUGUGGGGCUUCUUGCACUCUUUGUUCCUAUCAACCGGUGCAAUGGAAAUCCAAUGGACUUUGGGGUUGAUUUUGAUGAAAUUGAAACGGGAUUGGAAAAGCCAGUCUUGGAGCAGGACGAAGACUUAAGCAGCCUCUCAAUCCGUGAUCAGUUUGAGGAAUUCGUGAAAAAGUAUAAUAAAGUGUAUUUAAGCUCGCAGGAAAAAGAAAGCCGAAUGGAAAUUUUCGCCAAGAACCUGAAGAGAUAUGAAGAAAUGAACGCGGCUGAUAUGGGAACAGCCACUUACGGCGUCGAUCAAUUCUCCGACAUGACAGCGGAUGAAUUCAGACAAAAGAUGUUGACACUCAACGUAGAUGCGUAUAGGAAAUCUGCAACGAGAGUGUAUGAUGGACCGGAACUGCACAAGAAAAAACAGCCGAAAAAUUUCAGUUGGGUUGAUAAGGGCAAAGUCACUCCCGUUAAAAACCAGGGUUAUUGCGGUUCAUGCUGGGCAUUUUCGGCAGUGGGCAACAUGGAAAGCCUUUACGCUAUUAAACAUAACAAAAUGGAAACCUUUUCUGAGCAGCAGAUUGUGGAUUGUGACACGACGUCUGAUGGCUGCAAUGGUGGCUGGAUGUCGAACGCUGUGGUUUACGUAAAGAAUGCUCCCGGACUCGAAAGGGAUACAGAUUACCCUUAUAGGGCGUAUCACCAAACGUGCGCGUUUAAUAAAUCCCUGGCAGUCCUCCACGUUAAGGAAAACGUAAUGCUCCCACAGAACGAGAAAAAAAUGAGUGCAUACUUGUUUAAUAACGGACCUAUCUCUGUCGCUCUAGAUGCCUCUGCCAUGUCGGGAUACAAAGGAGGCAUUGCGCAUCCACCAGAAACCGCCUGCUCAAAGAGGGAAGAGAAUGUUAACCAUGGAAUACUCUUGGUUGGCUAUGGCGUCUAUACGGUUUCUUUGGGAGGAGGUAAGAAGAAACGCCUUCCUUACUGGAUUGCCAAGAAUAGUUGGGGAACGUCAUUUGGCAAGAAGGGAUACUAUUACCUGUAUCGAGGGGACGGCUCAUGUGGCAUUCAUACCUACCCAAGCAGCGCAGUUCUCAAAUAAAUUAAAACCAAAAAUGUGUGUAAAUAUGUACAACAAUGCAAAAAUUAAAGAAAUAAAAUCAAUGUAUGUGA